AUGUUUGACUGGGAAAACGACGUCUUCUUAUCAACCUGGGAUAAAAAGUAUGUGACGACAAAUUUACGACCGGGAAGCAAAGAUUUUGAUGCAGAAGGCUUUAAAGAGCUCCAAAAAGAGAUUGAUGACAGUGGUAAUGCUGUCGUGUUCUGUGCUUUGAACCGUGCAGAUGUAGUUGGCCGAAUCUUUGAUCAGAUCACUGCAGAUAUGUCGCCUGAAGACAGCAUGGAGACCUUUAAGCGCCUGAGAGAAGCCAUAACGAUCGUUUAUCCUUUCUUGGGAAUGCCAUCCUGUAUUCCAGCCUGUUAUGGAAUCAUCGGAGUGAUUCAGAAAAGGGGAUCCCAAUACGCCUCGGACGACAGGCUUCGAUCCAGCAUCAUUACGCAGGAAGAUUUGGACAAGGGAAAAGAGCUUCGACAACGCGUUUACCACGGCGUUGGUAACUCGGAAAUCUUCCAGUUAAUGGACAAGUAUUUCGGUGAUCUUUUUGCCUGCUCUACGGCCAUAACAUGGGGCUACUUGAUCUCGAAGGCGAAUGAACAUGUAUUCACCGAACAAGAAUCACAUCUUAUCGUUGCUUCUGCCAUUAUAGCACUUGGCGCAGCGCGGCAAGCGAGGAGCCAUAUCAAAGCGACCAUUGGACUUGGCAACGAUGCACUAGUUGUUAAGUCCGUGGUCAAUGUCGUGAGAAAACUUGCCAAGUGGGCUGACAUCUCGAUCGACCUGCCCAAUGUCGAUGAAUGUGCGGAGGAAUUGUAUGUGAAUAUGAGGCAGCAACUGAAGUAG